UCCAUCCACGCUCUGGGCCCCCGCGGCAGCCUCCAGCCCGCGUGCCGGAGUCGAUGGAAAGUAGGACAGGGGCCGGCGCUGGCUGCCAGGCCGGCUCGGCUCAGCCCCCAGUCACGACUCGGGCGGCCGUGAGCACCGGGGACAUGUCUCACGAGAAGAGCUUCUUGGUGUCGGGCGAGGGCUACCCGGGGCAGCAGCCCCCGGCCCCCCCGGGCUACGCACAGCCCCCCUACCCGGCAGCGCCCUACCCUCAGCCCCAGUUCGCUCCGGCGCCCUACCCCCAGCCCGGCUUCGUGCCGGCACCCGGACCCUACCCGCCGACUGGACCCUACGCCCAGGGGCCCUACCCCCAGGGGCCGUACCCGCCCCCCGGACCCUACCCACAGGGGCCGUACGCCCAGCCGCCGUAUGGACAGCCGCAGCCCAUCGUCCCAGGGGACCAAGACUCUCCGCUGCACAGCACCUACCAUGAGGAGGGGCCGCCCUCCUACUACGACAACCAGGACUUCCCCGGCUCCCACUGGGAGGACAAGAACAUCCGCCAGGCCUUCAUCCGCAAGGUGUUCCUGGUGCUGACGCUACAGCUGACGGUGACCUUCUCCUUCGUGGCCAUCUUCACCUUCGUGAAGGAUGUGCGGGGCUUCGUGCAGCACAACGUCUGGACGUACUACGUCUCCUACGCCAUCUUCUUCAUCUCCCUCAUCGUGCUCAGCUGCUGCGGCGACUUCCGCCGCAAGCACCCCUGGAACCUCAUCGCCCUGUCCAUCCUGACCGUGAGCCUCUCCUACAUGGUGGGCAUGAUCGCCAGCUUCUACCAAACCGACGCCGUCAUCAUGGCUGUGGGCAUCACCGUCAUCGUCUGCUUCACCGUCGUCCUCUUCUCGCUGCAGACCAAGUAUGACUUCACCUCGUGCCGGGGCGUGCUGCUCGUCUGCCUGGUGGUGCUGAUCGUCUUCUCCAUCCUGUGCAUCUUCAUCCGGAACCGCAUCCUGGACAUCGUCUACGCCUCGCUUGGCGCCCUGCUCUUCACCUGCUUCCUGGCGGUCGACACCCAGAUGAUCCUGGGCAACAAGCAGCUGGUGCUGAGCCCAGAGGAGUACAUCUUCGCAGCCCUCAACCUCUACACGGACAUUAUCAACAUCUUCCUCUACAUCCUGGCCAUCGUUGGCCGGGCCAAGGAGUAGCCCCCGCGCCCCCCCACCCCCAUAGCGUUUCGGUUUGGUGUUCCCGGCACAUCUCGCUGUCACUUCUCGUUCUAGUUUCUUUGGCCGCGGCCCCUUCCGGCUCCCCCCGGGCAGCGCAGGGCAGGUGCCGAGCUGUGCAGGGUCCGGUGCCUGGAGACUUCCCCCCUCCCUGCCCCAGCUCUGGCAGGAGGGGGGCUGUGUCCGUCCACUGGCUGCCCGGACAGCGUGUCCCGGAGCACACGUGUGGUCAGCAUAUGGGGGGGUGCAUGCCAGGUGGGCAGCGCUGCUCUGCUCUGCCCUCGUCCUGCUCUGGGCGAUGCCAGUGUCCCCAGCAUGCAGCCCCCUGCCGCCUGCAUGGGCAGCUCUGCGCAGCCCCCCUGCUUCUCUCCGCUGUGAAUAAGCCGCCUCCUGCACCCCCUUCCCUGCCUGCGAAUGACUGGCGUGAUGGCACUUUCUCCUGCGCCCGGAGCCCCUUGUCCCACGCGCUGCCUCGUGCCCGCUGCUCGAGGCUCAGCACUGCGAUGUGCUUCCGUCUGCAGGCCUCCAGCCCCGGGCUCCAUGAGCGCCCCGUGCUCUUUGGGGGGCACCUUCUCGGGUGUGAGCGUGGGACACUGCCCCGGGGUUGGGGCCUCUGGUCGCGCUUGCCCUGCCUGUGUGUGUGACUGGCUGG